UCCGGCAAUAAACGUUUGAAGAUGAUCUUAGUUAUCUGUGUACGUGAACAUCGCGCCGCUCAUACAACAUCAUUAUAUACUUAACAGUAGUGAAGUGGUCAAUACGUGUGUGUUUUUCAAUAGUGUAGUGUGUGCUUUAUUCGUCGCGUCUUUGGCACUAAAAAAGACGUGUUAAAUAAAAGGCUCCUUUUAAUCGGCCGAGUCGCGGUUUCCGCGAGUAUAUUACCGUGUCUGUUCGUAAAAUAUACCUACGAGUGAAUAAACCUCACAAAAUUAUCAAAAAUGAAUAUCGGCUGAAUCGAUACCCUACCUAAUAACCAACCGAUUACAACAAUCAGGGGUUUAUUUUAGCCAUCAGUCGUGGUCGCAGUCAUUAAGAAUAGAGUUACUUGCAUUCGCAUCGUCUCGUUUAUACUUUUAAUAAUUAAACCGGUUCUUAUUCCAUAACCAUGGCCAGUGCAAUUGUUGUAUACGCUUCCCUGUUCCUUGUGAUAUGCUUGAUAGGCACUUCGAUAGCUCAAAAUCAAAACAACAAUGUACAACAAGGACAACAAGGAGGCGGACUGCUGGAUAAUAAACUCAAACCGUUAAAUAACCAACAAUACAAUGACUUCGAUUGGAGAUUAAGUAAGGCUUUAAACGCCAAAGAAGAAAGCAAUUUCGUAGUAUCUCCCGUGAGCGUAAAAUUGGCUCUCAGUAUGCUGUAUCUUGGAACUCAAGGACCAGCAGCCAAAGAGAUAGAGGAAGCGUUCAACAUUAAUUCAACUCAGAAGGAAACCGUCGAACAAAAAUUUUCGUCUAUCAUGAGAUCGCUAGAGACGAAAGAACAAGCCUACGAAUUAAACAUAGGUACAAAGCUGUUCGCCGAUGCAGCCACCCAAGUGAAUCCGGAUUUUGCGAGAAAAAUCAAAGAAUACUACAAUUCCAGCGUCCAUCCGACCGAUUUCAAAAAUAAACUAGCUACUAAAGCCGACAUCAACGCGUGGUGUAGUAAAAUAACGAAAGGAAAAAUACCAGAACUCGUCAGCGAUGGUGAUUUCAACGAUGAUACGGUGAUAAUGCUAUUGAACGCGAUAUUCUUCAGAGGCGAAUGGAAAUACCAAUUCCCUGAGAAUGAAACUAGACUUGGAAUGUUCCGUGUAUCGCACAGCAGAACGAUCCACGUUCAGAUGAUGUCACUGACAGAAAAAUUCAACUACUACGACAUGAAAGAUUUGAAAGCACAUCUUAUUAGGUUACCUUACGUGGGUGAAAAAUUCGCCAUGUAUAUCCUGUAUCCUUACGAAGUCGAAGGAUUGGCUAGCUUGGCUAAUGAUAUAAAACCCGAAAUAUUAUCCAAAUCGUUGGCGCAAAGUUCAGAAAAAUUAAUAACUUUAAGAUUACCAAAGUUUAAGUUUGAAUCUACCGCUCAUUUGGUAGAAAUAUUGAAAGGGCUCCAUAUCAGAGAAUUGUUCGGUGAAAGAGCCAAUUUGGAAGGUAUCGGUGUAAGUCCAAAAGGUCCGUUGAUGAUCUCGAAUAUUUUGCAAAAAAGUGGAAUCGAAGUCAGCGAAAAAGGAACCAUUGCUUUCGCCUCAACAAACGUAGUGAUUGAUUCGAGAUUCGGUUCAGACGCACAAGAAAUCAAUAUCACUCAUCCUUUCAUUUUCUUGAUCGCCGACGAAGCUCAAAAAAACAUCGUUUUUAUUGGAAAAGUAAUCGAACCGCUACACCUUGGUCCUAUUUAUCCCCAACCUCAACCUCAACCACAAAUUCCUUUAUCGCCGACUGACACAUCUAAUCAAGCAGGAAUCAGACCAGGUCAAGAAGUACCGACGGAUUUCAGCGAAAAAUUGAACUACUUCGACAAGGAGCUUUUGAUAAAAAUAUACCAAACUAAACAGAAAGAAAAUAUAGCUCUAUCUCCUGCCAGUAUUAAAGUCAUGUUGGCUAUGUUACUCGAAGGAGCCGCUGGUUAUACAGAAAAAGAACUCAAAGAGGCGCUUAGAUUACCCGAAGAGAAAGAUAAAGCUUUAGCCAUCUUGCAAAAGCAGUUCAAUUUGUUAAAAAACACUAAUGGGGCAGUAACGGUAGAUACUAAAAACAAAGUAUUCCUGGCUGCGGAUGAGAAGCUAUCGAAACGCUAUAUCGAUACACUAACAAGGAUUUACGCUUCCGAAUUCCAAAAAGUCAACUUCAUUCAACAAGACGAAGCUCUCCAAACGAUAAAUUCGUGGGUGCAAAAUGUCACUCAAGGAUUGAUCACUUCGUUAGUAAGCAAAGAUGAUCUCGAUCCAGAAACCAGAUUACUCUUGGCGAACUGUAUUUUCUUCAAAGGCGACUGGAGAACAGCUUUCGAUCCGAAAUCAACUUACACGCAUUAUUUCCACAACGGGGAACCGGAACGAAAAGUUAAAUACAUGACGGCCGAAAUACCCAUCAAGUACCACGAAGAUAGAAAUCUGGAUGCGAAAAUAGCCGAAAUACCGUUCAAAGAUGAACGAUACGCGUUUACGAUAGUUUUACCCAAUAGAAGAGACGGUAUAAGUGCGUUGAUGAAGGACUUGAAUCAUAACCAAUUGCUGAGUAAGUUUGGCGAAACGAAAGAGACGACGGUCAAAGUUACUUUACCCAAAACGACGAUUCAAUUUAAGACACCAUUGGCUGAUAUAUUAUCACUGCCCGAUAUUGAUAUCAAAGAUGUAUUCUCGAGUAAAUCAAACCUUACCGGUAUGCUAGAAGGAGGUAAACCAAUUUUAGUUAAGGAUAUUUAUCAUAAUGCAAAAAUCGAAAUAACCGAAGAAGGUGCUAAGGCAGCUGGUGCAUCAGGAUCUCAUAUCGUAUUACUAAGCGCCACUAUCACACCAGAAUUCAGAGCAGAUCAUCCAUUUCUGUUCUUCAUUCGUGACACUUACGAUUCUGGAUUCCUUUUCGAAGGUGUUCUCGUAUCACCAGACCCAUCAAACGAACCCGUAUCCCUUUUAACAGUCGAUAAUCGAAACACUUUCAACACUGGAAACAAUAACAACAAUAUCAACAACAACAACAACGGAGGUGCUACAUACGCUGCUCCAACACCUCCCCGGGGACCAACCACUCCUCGCAGACCAACACAAAAUCAACGACCUACCGCACCACCUCAACAGUCACCGAAUGCUCGACCUAGCAGCCCACAAGGAGUGAAUAAUCGAAUCAAUGGCCAAAAUCAAGCCCAGCAAGGUCAAGGCCAAGGCCAAGCCAGCCCACAAAACAACAACAAACCAAUUAUAGGUUACCAAGCUCCGAGACCUCAGGAAAAAGGAUCAAUUCAAGUGCAAAAAGUUGAUGUAUACGAAAUCCAUUCGAGAACCGGUAAUUCGUAUCAAUAUCAAUCAUCGGUUCGAUAUCAUUACGAGUAGGUAGCUCGAGGAUCUAGGUGUUGAGCUACAUAUAUUCAAUCAUAGGAAGACGUAAUUUAUAAUAGCGACGCUGUGAUCAUCGAUUAAUGAAUUGCAUCAAAUCAAUGACCCACAGUAUCGUGGUCAGAGAAGCGAUGAAUUGUAUUUAUUUGAUAAUAAUACUACUACAAAUCUUUAAGAGAAAAAGAAUAAAAGAAAUAGGUACCUAUACUUGAUGAACGCCUGGCAAUAGUACAUAUAUUAGAGAAGGGACAGCGAUAGUGUGCACUGCAAAGUGAAUUGGGUUGCCUAUCGUCUAAAACGCUCACUUUUCAAGUGAAAUUAGUUGAAAUUACUUUAUCAAUUUUUCAGAAACUAUUAUAAGCUUCGAGUGUUUUACAAAAACCCCACCUAAAUAGUCUACUAAGUAAUUUUAUUUGGAAGAUGAUGUCGAAGGAUCUUCUAAAAAAAUAAUCUCUAUGGCUGUUCAGCUCUACGAUGCAUUUAUACCUAUUAUGUAAAAUAAGUUGAAAUAAAUAUAAGUUCAGAGCGAAUCCAUUUUCUAAAAUACAUUUUAUAUUAUGUAGAGUU